AUGGACAACCCAAACCUUAAAACGAUUCUCACGCCAGACAACUUCCACAAUGCACAUAUGAUCUCACGAGCAACCUCUCCAGGCGGUGAACCUGAUGGCAUCAACGGAGAUGGGGAUCCCAAAGCUCGCGUCCGGCCUCGCACAUAUCCUUAUUUCAAAUACCUGCCAUACCAGCUUGAAGACGAUGCCAAGAGGGAACAAUAUUUUCGGGACAUCUUGACCCAGCUCUACAUUGCGGUGGAAUCGGGGGAUUUCAGCCCCGGUGCGGUGCACUGGACACGGGAGCUAAGGGCAUGGCUAUCCCUCAAGUUCGACCCGACUCGCAGUGAGCGGAUCAAACUCGUUAAGCUGUACUAUGAGCUUGCCCUUGCUCCUGGAAUAGAUCCAAAUGUCGCGGAACGGUUCGCUAGCAUGUUCAUGCUCCUCACAAAACGCAAGCAUUACCUCAAGCCGAUUAAGGACCUUGUCUUGGACUGGAAGCCCUUGUAUAGAGAAGUAAAGGCGUUCGUUUUGCCAACAGAGUCUGGUCUGGUGCAUUCCUCAAACCUAAAGCGGAACGUGAAGACCUUGACGAAGCUCUGCGCUUUCAUUCAACUCUAUAUUGACCCCUGUGAUCUACCGACCAUGCUGGAAGAGUUCUUACCCCAUUACAGCACUUCGUUCUCAGAAGGAGCGUUUGUCGUAGUCGGGCUGGUCAACCUCCUUCUUCCCACCUCUCCGCCACCGGAGUCUAGAGAAGAUCUGCUCCCACAGCAUUAUAUGCCGACAUAUUUCCACCUUUGGUCUUUGGUCAGUCGGUCAAAAACCUUCGAUCAAACUUUCCUGGAUUUCCUUUCUCGAAUGGCGCGGGAUUCGUUGCCUGCUGGUCACAUCCCGUUCUCCGAAUAUGGAAUUUUCACCAAGGAGCAAUCCUCCCUUAUCUUUACGGCUACUUUGAGACUCCUUGAGAUCCCAGUUGGUCAGUCUACCUCUCCUUACAGCGCACUUGUGGACAUAUCCUCUGGGUUGGGAAUAAUGCUUGAUCGAGACACUCGGAAGCAUCCCGUAGCACAUCACAUAGCUAGAUGGAUUGUCAUGUCUCUGUCUCCGGCAUGCCUGGACAAGGAGGAUUCAAUUCUGACUCAGCUUGAGGGCCUUAUCCAGGCUGUGGAGACCUUUUUUCACCCCUCCAAUUCUGGUAGCUGGACGAAGACCCUAGCCCAGUUGGUGUAUUACCUUACGGAUUUCUUCGUAAUGCGCUGGAACCGGGAGCAGAGCGGAGAGAUGGAAAUACCAGAGGAGCGAAAGCUAACAGAACCCUUGAGGCGCCGCUUCGUGCUCUGCAUGCGUGAUGUGAUUUUCAUGGGUAUCUAUUCUAAAAGUGCUACCGCCAUGAGCUUCUCCUUGUCAACCCUACAGGGCCUAGCGUACCUGGAACCGCAUCUUAUCCUUCCUGGGGCUUUGCAGAGAAUCUACCCAUCCCUUCAAGGCCUAGUAGAGGUUCAUCGUACCACGUCAUCUCUGCGAGCUCUCCAGACACUCGCGCGGAUCAUCACAAGGACCAAGGGGUAUCGUUGCCAUCUCACAACCCUUUUGGGGAUGGCAUUGCCGGGCAUUGAUGCAAACGAUCUUGAAAAAUCUCUCCAUACCUUGACGUUUAUUCAGGCUGCAUGCUACAAUAUACCCAUGGCAGACUUGACAAAGGGGCAGGAAGAUGUCAAUAGCGAUAUGCUGGCGAUGCAAUGGAUUCCAGGCGAGAUGGAACGAAUGGAACAAGAAGGGGUGGGUGUGCAGUUGAACUACGACACGGAACUUAGCGAUGAGACCGAAGAAAUGAUCCUCCGCUCUUCUACAUGUGGGUUCGGGGACUUCAUUAUCUCCUUCCUUGGUCGCGUCUUCACCCUCCUGGAGAACCUUCCCGACGUGUCAAGAGUGCGAAACGGAUCCCCGGAGGAGAAUAUUGUGAACACUCUUCCUGCAACAUUUAUGCCGUUGCUUUCCUCACUAUCUCCCGACUAUUACGACAUCGCCCUGUCCAAGCUUGUCGACUUUGUGUCAAACCAUGUCAUCCACCAAGCCCGCGAUGCAAUGGCGUUCAUCUGUAACGCUGUUUGCAAGGUUAACCCGGAAAAGGCUCUGAGGCGUUUCAUUCCAGUUUUAACCCAGGCCAUCCGUACGGAGAUUGAUGACAACGGUGCUGGCUCAACCCGGACAACAGGUACUGAUGUCCUUCCCCGUGAUCGAGGUCUAGUGUGGAAUGUCAGUAUGCUCAGUAUGUGUGUUGUGCAUGUUGGAGAUGCUGUUCUGGCGCAUAAAAAGGAGCUGUUUGAUAUUGCCGUUUACAUGCAACAGAAGUGCCGGGGCAUUCCUACAGUCCAUGUCUCGAACUUCAUCCAUCACCUUCUUCUCAAUCUCACAGGAACCUACACCUCGGACUACUCGCUAUAUGAACCCGACGUCAUUGCUAACGGAAUACAACCUGAACACUGGAGUUAUCGCCCAGACCCGAAUAACCUGACCGUGAAGUGGCACGUCCCCAAACGCCAGGAGAUCGAGUUUGCUACUGAACUCUUCGAAAACCAGGCGGAGUCGGCUCUCAAGCAACUCACAGCUUUGACUGAGGAUGCUUCCAGCGUUAGGCGAGAUGGAAUAGGCAAGGAAUGGUCCGAUGAAGUGAUCAGAAACUUGGUUCUGCUGCGACUAAUUAUCUCUGGCGUCUCCGUGCUCUUCGAUGCCAAAGCUGCUUCAAAGACGAAGGAUAUCGAGGCCAACGGAGCAGCAGACGGUGCAAAUGACGUGGAAAUGGCAGAUGCGAAUGGUGCAGGUGAGGGCGGAGAAAACGUGCCUGAUUCUUCACUAGACAGUUCCGAUGAGGACACUGUAAGAGAGACCUUCAACUACCCGACCGGCUACCCCUUAGAAGAAAACGACCCUAUCUAUGUUUCAAUCCACGAUAUUCGAGAAAGGGCAGGAUGGGUUCUCCACAAGGUGCAUCGAUACCUCUCUGAGAAGCAGGAGGACGAUGUGCCGUGCUUCAGUGCUCUUUACUCUGCUUACAAGUGCUGGUUCAUUGACGUUGGUAUCGAGAGGUCCGCUCACGUCUUGGAUAGAGUUACCCGCCUUCUUCUUGCGGACAUCCACCCAUAUAAGAUGAGCGGAGUUCGCAAGGAUUAUCCGCGUCCCCUACUUAUUCGGCGCGCCAAUAUGUACCACCUACAGCGUUUGAGACACAACGCUGCCCCUCGAUGCCGAUCUCGGUUGGAUGAGAUCCUACUCCUCGAUAUCGCAGAGUCCUGUGUGUCUACUUAUACGGAGACUCGCCGCAAUGCUCAAACUGCGGGGGAGUCGGCCUUGAAGGCUGUCUGGGGCUCACGCUUGCUUGUCAUUCCACCCCUUCUCAAAGCGCUUCAAAAUGGUAUCAAGGAGAACGAUUUCGCGCGAAUCAAGGGUGCAUUGUUCUCCUUGUUGCUAAGCAGUGUGGCUAAGACUGUUGGUCGCCAUUGGAAAUAUGCUCCUACCCUAGUCCGAGCUUUCAUUGACGCGAGCGCGGUGGAUAGGCCGUCUGUGCAGCGAAUCUGCUCAAGUGUGGUAUAUCAGAUCAUGGACUAUGGCCGUCCCUUGGAAAGAAUGGCCAUUUUAGACAAAGACCUGGUCGAUGCAAUCGCCCCAACGACACAAGACGUUGAGGAACAAAUCGCACAAAAGCGUAAGAAUCUCAACAACAAGCGAGCAAUUAUCGAGAAGAAGAAGGCCGCUUUGGCCAAUGAAUUAGUAAACCUGGCUCGAGUAUCACACUGGAAGGUUGCCAGUCGAGCAGCAACUAUUGUGAUCUCCAUGGGUCUCAGGUUCGAUUACAUUGCUAGUGAAAACCUAGUGGAGCUUGUCACCAUGGGCUCUAUCGAUGACCACCCGGGUCUACGUGGUAUGUAUUCCCAGGGCCUAUCGGCGCUGUUAACUAUGAUCGAUGUCCGAGCAAUCUGCAACCACGACUACAAGAACUAUAUCCUGGGUAACCAGAACUUCCCGGCAAAGAUAAAGGUGACCACCAAGCGCUAUGAAAAGGGCUGGACUGAACAGUUCCUUGCCAGCUUCGCCAAUUCUGAAACGGAUUAUUAUAUUGAUCACGAUUUCCCGGGAUGGCUUGUUUGGUCGGAUCACAUGCCUGGGUACAAGCCGAAUGUUGAACGCGACAUUGAGUAUGACGGAGUGGAAUGGCAGGUCCGCUCUCAUAUGGGCAAGCUCUUCAAUAGGGCUUGGUUUAACAAGUUCUUCAUGUACUUGAAGCAAGAGCCGCGUGACCCGUCAGCCGACAAAUUCCGCAUGUCCUGUGCGAUGUUACUCUUGUAUGCCUUUGAAUUGAUGCUCCGCGAUGGACUUACUGCGGCAACAUUUGAUGACAUCAAGGAGGAAAUCGAGGCGGUUUAUGAGGAUGGAAGUGACAAACAUCAACAUCGGGCUACCGCGGAGAUUCUUGGUGCGCUCGUAAGCUCUGUUACGGAUACCAGCGUUGAAAAGCGAACCAUGGUCUGGGAAUACGCCUUCCCUAUUGUGCAAAAGAUAUUCAUUGAUGGGUUGACGCCGGAGAACUCUGGCUACUGGACAACUUUCCUGCAUAUGAUCCUUCAGUGCCGUGACCCCCGACGAGUUUGGCCGUUGGUCGACUGGCUGGCGAGCUUCCGUCUAGAUAUGGCUACCAAUGCAGCCUUCAAGGAAAGCUCCAAAAUAAACCUGCUGCAUCAGUCCAUCAUCGAUGCAGGCUGGCAUUUCCGACUCGAAAAGCCAAUUGUCCAGGAUUACCUCGCUCACCUUGAUCAUCCUUACAAGGGAGUUCGUGAAGCGAUGGGUCAAACUCUUGCAACGAUCUUCCGCACACGGUACCAUGAGUCUUAUCCAGAUGUCAAGAGUCUCUUGACAGAUCAAGAGUCCUCAUCGUCAGUGGGUUCAUAUCCUUACUCGCCGAGCACGGACUUCACCCAGAUGAUUAAUGACAUCUUCACGCGAAUCGAGAAAUGGCGACACGAGAGAACACCGGGCCAGCAGACUCCAUCCUCCUACACUUCGGGAUGUAAAACCGUUCUCCUCUGGCUCGACUCCACGCUGUCAUCGCAUGAGUGCACACAGCUUGCCCCCUUCUUCGCGGAGGUGUUUACGGGACAGCUGUUGCAUAUGAUGGAUGUCAAGGAAGAUCCAGAACUCCAGUCGCUCGCAUAUCAUGUUUUCCGUCACUUGCCUAACGUUCCAUAUCCUGCUGAGCAGAACUCGGAGUUUAUCAAGACGCUUAUCCGUAUCGGGCAGACAUCACCUUCAUGGCAUCAACGGUUGCGCAUCAUGAUCAACAUUCAGAUCAUUUACUUCAGGCGCCUCUUCCUUCUUUCUCCCUCUGACCGCGAUAAACUAUUCGAGUGUGUUGCUAGCAUGCUGGAGGACCCGCAGCACGAAGUAAGAGCCGGUGCAUCUGCGACCCUGUCAGGGAUGAUUCGUUGCUCGCCCGAAUUCCUUCGCAAAGACAUCGUCUCUCGCCUGAAGAAGCGAUUCACAAACGUCUUGAUCGAAAACCCUCUUCCCAAGCGACCCAAGGCGCUCCGUACUGCCAGUGGCAUAUCAUCCCCGAUCUCCUCGGGGGCUGGUACUCCAACUCCUGAACACACUCGCCUGGUUAUAACCAGACAUGGUGCUGUUCUUGGUCUUGGAGCGCUUAUUCAGGCCUUCCCAUACAGCAGCCCACCGCCAACAUGGAUACCUGAAGCCUUGACCACGCUAAGUGUCCGUGCUGCCAAUGACCCGGGCAUUGUUGGGUCAAGCGUGAAGUCAAUUAUUAGUGAAUUUAAGAAGACAAGACAAGAUACGUGGCACAUUGAUGCCAAGGCAUUUACCUCCGAUCAGCUUGAAGACCUCUCGGGGGUUCUUUGGAAGAGCUAUUUCGCUUAA